AUGGAUUGGAAAAUCAAUAUCAUCACUUACAACUUGGCGAUGAAGUCUUCUAAUACAGAAGCUGUUCAUAACAUGUUGAAUGGUACAAUUGACGAUCAGACGCAUUUAGUGGGAAUUGGAUUGCAAGAAGUAGCUCAUGCUGAAACCAUUGGAGGAGCGAUUGCAACUUGGGCUCAGAGUAUUGCUGCAUGGGUGAAUAAAAACACAAGAAUGGUUUUGCUGGGAAAGACAUUUCAAGCUACAAACCAAGUCUUGAUAUUCGGUAGAAAACAACUUAUCGGUCAGAUAAAACGAAUUGAUUAUCGUUUCCAACGCAAUACGUUCCGCGGUUUGACCGGACACAAAGGUUCAAUUGGUGUUCGCCUUCAAUUAGCCAGUCCUUAUUCAAUUGUUUUCGUUGUCAGCCAUUUUAUGCAUGGACCCGAACACAACAGCAAACGAAUCGAGCAGUAUCAUACUAACAGAAUAUGCUCAUUUCCUGAGGAUAAAAGUGUGAGAGCUGCCUUCUGGUUCGGAGAUUUCAAUUUUCGUGUGGAAGAAGACAUGAAUACUGUAAUUCAAAAGAUUAAAAACGGAACUCACUUGGAACUUCUUGACAGCAGAGAACAACUUAAAAGAACAAUGAUUGAGCGUGAUGCAUUCAUUGGUUUCCGUGAACAAUCGAUAACUUUCGAACCGACCUAUCGAAUGUUAGUUGGAACUUCAGAACCAGAUGGGAAGAGAGUUCCUUCGUGGACUGAUAGGGUGUUGUACAAGGGAGAUGGAAUCACCGAAUUGUCAUAUUGCAAUAAUAAAAAGGCCGUAGCAAGUGAUCAUUUACCUGUCAUUGCGGGAUUCCGGGUUACGGCGCCAGUAGCUCCGAAACCAAAAUGGGAAGUAGUCUUCGAACAUCUUCCAACUUGGUACACAUCAGUCCCAUUAGUCGGAAGAUUCCAAGUUAACGCUCAAUUUUAUAAAGAAAAUGGGAGUUAUCGCGAUUGGAUUGGGGUUUUUCCGGCCACAAUCGACGACUGCACUACAGCUACCAAUUGGAUCUAUGCUGCCACUUGCUUCGAACAAAUAAUUGAUGGCGAGAAAUUCCUUGCGUGUGAAUUCUCUGACAUCCCAGUUGGAAGCUAUCGUCUCGGAUACUUUGCUUGUCAUUUGAACUGUAUUGUUGGACUAUCUAAAGUUUUUCAGAUUGUUGAGCAACCCUAA